GUUCAAAAUGGCGUCUACACAUGUCAGAAAUUCGAAAAAAUCGCAAAAUAAAACUGCAGGAAAGAAGAAAUUACCCGAUCCAACUCAUGUUGGACAUUUCUUCUCUAUUUUGACCAUGUCUUUGUGUAAGAAAAUCCUUCAUAUUGACACAGCAGUAAAAAUUGGAGUUUAUCUAUGCGGAGUGUUGAUAGGGUCUGUAUUUUCUGACAUAUUUGCAUUACCAAAGUCGUACUUCUCGGACAAGAAGAACAUAUUCAACAGAAUGUUUGUAUCUUUCGGAUUCGGAUGGACUUUGAUACUGCUUGGAGGAUACAUAUUUUUGACAAGCUUUGUGUACACUUGUGGGAACAUGAAACUUGUUGUACGCAAACAUUUACUGCGACUUGCUAUUUCUACAAUAUGGUGGUUUAUACUCACAAAGACAUUUAGUUAUGUUGACUCAGUUGUUGGAGUAUGCUCAAUUUCUAACUACAAAAGGAAAUACGAUUGCUUAAAAGCAGGAAGGGCUUGGUUGGGUUUCGAUAUUUCGGGACAUGUAUUUUUAUUGAUUCACAUCCUUCUUACAAUCUCUGAAGAGGCUAAAAGUUUUAAAGCUUGGACAAAUUUAGAGUUGCUGCUUAAAGAAGAAGAUAUAGGAGUGAAAAGAAAUUUGACUGAACAGCAAAUUUCUCAAGCAAGAAUUUCUUACCAAAGCCUAACACCAUACAUCAAAAUUACUGUUUUGCUGCUGACAUUGUGGACAAUAUUUUGUGAAUUUAUGCUGAUUAUUUCUGUAGUUUAUAGGUUCCACACACUGACACAGAAAGUGACAGCUGCAUUUGUUGCUGUAGGAUGUUGGUUUAUUACAUACCAAAUCACUCUUGAAACAAAGUCAGCUUUCCUUCCAGAUCAGCCAGGACAGUGUACUCUAAAUUACAUGAAGAUAAGACAAAGCUGAUGAUUUCAUCAAGACUCUGUUUGAAGUUUCCCAGAUAUCCUAACUUUGUUGUGGCAAAUACAAAUUUAAACAUAAAGCUUACUGCCAGACCAAUUUUUAUUUAUUUACCAAUGUUUUUUUGUAAAUUGAAAGCCUUCCCUUAUAUUUUUAUUUAGAAUCUAAGAUGGCACAUGGACCAUACUUACAUUACUGUGAAAACCUGAAAGGUAAUAGUACAGAUAGCUUUGAGAAUUCCUGUAUUACAGAAUAUUCAAUUCCUUGUGUCAAAUCAUUUUAAAAUAUAUUCAGGAUGUAAAAUUAUCAUGUAUGUAACUAUGUUAUUUAUAUUUUUUCUUUACAUGGUGUUAUUCUAACUGACUGACCAAUUGAUCAACAUUAAUGCAUAUCUCCUUCGGUAUGUUCUUAUCCACUUAAUGACUUAUUCCUUUUUGAAAUACAGUACUGUAACUUGUAUUAUUAGACCAUCUAAGACUAAGAGAAGAGCAGAAAUUGGUCUGUUAACACAAAUCAUUUCUUCAUAUAUAAACUUUAACAUAAUUUGUUCUUUUAUACAAGAUUAUAAAAGGGUGCUAUAAAAGUGGUCUCUUAAUUAGAUUCUAAUAAUAACCUGAUUUUGUCUCACUUGCAAAUUUGAACCUAAACCAAAGAUGUCUGGUUACAUUGUGUAUUUAAGAACCUGAUUACAGAAAGAUAAUAUUUUUAUUAUAUAUAGUAUCUGUUUAACAAGUAUGAUCAUCCAGAGGCUGAGAUUUUUUUCAUUUUUUACUCACUAUUGGUUUAUUAUGCCAGAUUACUUUGUACCUUUUCAGUGAAUUCAUUAAGUAGAUCAUUAAGUUUAAAAAUUUAGAGUUAUUAAUGGUUACAUUAAAAUAUACAUAGGUUAGAUAAUCACUUGUUGAUCAUCUAAUGAAUGUUUUCCACUUUCAUUGUACUUUGUUAGUGUCCUGUCCUUCGUUUGCUUUUGUUAGAAGCAAUAUACAGCUUAUUAACCAUUACUAUAAAACCAGACCAUUGUUUUUGAAUUCCUUGAAUAGAAUUUCUGAAAGUAACAAAAGCUAUUGUCUUUAAUUUUUAGGAACAUGAUGUCAUUGAUGAAAACCAUAUUAAUUGCUUAACAGUAAAUUAAACAAAUGAUAUUGGAACCUGGUCCAAUGAAUAUUGUUUAUUAUUAUGGUACACAAAUUAAUUCAAUAUUUCUAUGACACAAUAUUAAAUGAUUGUGCAGAUAUAUCAGUUCAUCUAAAACAUUCUGCAAGGUAUGAUUUAGUGGAUUGUAGAUAGAUCAUAGCAGGUUAUAAAUCAGUUUUCUGAAUUAUUUUUUUCCGCAAACAAUUCACAGUCAAAUUUUGGUACCUGCCUUUGACUUUAAAACUCACAUUUCAAAUGCUGAUAUACAUUGUAGAUAAUAGUUAAUUGUUUUUGCUGUAGGUGUAUUAUAUCCAGUAUAAGAGAGAAAGGAUUUUUUU